AUGCCAAAGAGGGUGGCAGUGGUGCUGGCAGGCUGCGGGGUGUUCGAUGGCAGCGAGAUCCACGAGGCUUCGGCCGUGCUGGUGCAGCUCAGCCGGGACGGGGCUCAGGCUGAGGUUUAUGCCCCCAACAUCCCCCAGAUGCACGUGGUGGAUCAUGUGAAGGGGCAGCCAACACCAGAGCAGAGAAAUGUCCUGGUGGAAAGUGCCAGAAUUGCCAGAGGCAACAUCAAGGACCUGGCCACGCUGGAUGUCAAGGGGCUGGAUGCCCUCAUCAUUCCAGGUGGCUUCGGGGUGGCAAAAAACCUGAGCACUUGGGCCACCCAGGGCAAGGACUGCAGCGUCGCCAGGGAGGUGGAGGCGGUGCUGAGGGCGUUCCACGCUGCCCACAAACCCAUCGGGCUCUGCUGCAUCUCCCCGGUGCUGGCAGCCAAAAUCUUCCCGGGCUGCGAGGUGACAGUGGGACACGACAAGGAGUGUGAGCAGUGGCCUUAUGCCAAGACAGCCGAGGCCAUGAAGGAGCUGGGCUGCAGGCACAUCAACAGCCAGGUCAGCGAGGUCCACGUGGACCACCAGAACCUGCUGGUGACCACCAGUGCCUUCAUGUGCAACGCCCCCAUCCACCACAUCCACGAUGGUGUGGGGAGGAUGGUGCAGGAAGUGCUCAGGCUUGCCUGAUCCCACCCUGCUGCAGGGAUGAUGUCCCCAAAUG